CCUCAGAGAGGGGAAAAAAGGGGAGGGGGGGGCUCAGACCCUGUGACCCCUCUUGGAUGAACGGAAAUAACUCCUAUUGGGUACAACUUAGAUUUCCCUUUUGCAAUUUAACUCCUAUCGCUGUGUAAAAAAUCUGCCAACUCCUAUAAGAUUGCAUUUUUUUCCCCACUUGAUUGGAGAGCUGGAGAAUAAACUUCGGGGUGGGGAAAUCUAAGAAGACACUAGAGCUCCAGACUAAAGGUAGUGAUGCUGUCCUGAACUUGGAUAUACUCAGGGGCCAGGACCCUGCCAUCGGACCAACCCCACAGACCUCAAAGAAGCCAUGGAAUCUACGCUGGCCACAUCCACUUCGGCCACAGGCCCGGUCACCUUCUCUCACGUCUUCGGCCAGCAGUGCCAACUUAUGGAAGCAGCUGUGCAAUCACUACAUACCCUAAAUGACCAGAUAUCCCAUUUUAUCAUCACCAAGUCAAAGGCUCUGGAGGAAGACCAAGAUCCUUUUCUACCUUCUGAGAAGGAAACACUGAAGAGUUCUAUGAUAUUGAUGAGACACCUCUUAAUGGAUGCUCAGGCCAAAAUCCUGAGCAUGAUGGAAGACAAUAAGCAGCUCGCGCUCCGCAUCGAUGGGGCGGUCCAGUCGGCCAGCCAGGAGGUGACCAACCUGCGAGCCGAACUCACGGCCACCAACCGGAGACUGGCGGAACUGAGCAGCGGAGGCGGCCCCGGGCCCGGCCCCGGCCCGGGAGCGGCAGCGGCGGCGGCGGCGGGCAGCGCCUCGGCUGCAGCGGUGGAGUCGGCAGCAGCCGCGAACAUGGAGAACCAGCAAGUGCUCCUGCGGGAAGAAGUGUCUCGGCUCCAGGAAGAAGUGCACCUUCUCCGGCAGAUGAAGGAGAUGCUGGCCAAGGACCUAGAGGAGUCACAGGGCGGCAAGUCCUCUGAGGUCCUCUCGGCCACCGAGCUCAGGGUGCAGCUGGCCCAGAAGGAGGAGGAGCUGGCCAGAGCCAAAGAAGCGCUGCAGGCCAUGAAAGCUGACCGGAAGCGCCUAAAGGGUGAGAAGACAGACCUGGUGGGUCAGAUGCAGCAGUUGUAUGCCACGCUGGAGAGCCGCGAGGAGCAGCUCCGAGACUUCAUCCGCAACUACGAGCAGCACCGCAAGGAGAGCGAGGAUGCAGUCAAAGCUCUUGCCAAGGAGAAGGACCUGCUGGAACGGGAGAAGUGGGAGCUACGGCGCCAAGCCAAGGAGGCCACUGACCACGCCACAGCGCUACGCUCUCAGCUGGACCUUAAGGACAACCGCAUGAAGGAGCUGGAGGCUGAGUUGGCCAUGGCCAAGCAGUCCUUAGCCACAUUGACCAAGGACGUCCCCAAGCGACAUUCCCUGGCCAUGCCAGGUGAGACGGUGCUCAACGGCAACCAGGAGUGGGUGGUACAGGCUGACCUCCCGCUGACGGCUGCCAUCCGCCAGAGCCAGCAGACACUCUACCACUCGCACCCCCCUCACCCUGCAGACCGGCAAGCGGUCAGGGUGAGCCCUUGCCACUCCCGGCAGCCCUCUGUCAUCUCCGACGCCUCUGCCGCCGAAGGUGACCGGUCAUCCACGCCAAGUGACAUCAACUCCCCUCGACACCGGACACACUCCCUCUGCAACGGCGACAGUCCCGGCCCAGUUCAGAAGAACCUGCACAAUCCCAUUGUACAGUCACUAGAGGAUCUUGAAGACCAAAAACGGAAAAAGAAGAAAGAGAAGAUGGGAUUCGGCUCCAUCUCGCGCGUCUUCGCCAGAGGGAAGCAGCGGAAGUCCCUCGACCCUGGCCUGUUUGAUGGUACCUCUCCCGAUUAUUACAUAGAGGAGGACGCGGACUGGUGAUACCCGCUUCCCUUCGCCUGCGGCUCUGCAGGCGUGUCUGUGCGAGUGGGAUGUGCGUGCGAGCUUAGGGGUGCGUGUGGGGUGUGCAAGGCGAUGCGUGUGCGUACGGGGGGGGGGGCUGGGGGCCGUGGGUGACCCCCACAACGGAGCGCCAAGUCACGUGUGACCCCUUUCCCCUCCGUCGCCACCUCUGUAAUUGAUGUAUAUACUACAAACGUGUGUGACUGUCAACUCUUGUUUUCUUUGGAGCGAUACAGUUGUGUUGUUAACCUGAGUUUGUUUUUUUAUUUUUUUGUUUCGUUCGAUGUUCGUUUUUCUUUUCUUGUUCGGUUUGUUGGGCUGUUUUACUUUUUAAUUGUUGUUUUGUUUUGUUUUCCUCCUCCUCCCCUCUCCUUUUUAUGAAACUUGAAAACUUGAAGGACUGCUGUGUAUCUGUAAAUAACCAAACUCUUGUGCACUUCCGUGCGUGGAAAUGUCCCUUGUCCACAAUUGCUACUUCUGGAGCCUGUGUCCCCUGAGGAUGUGGUCUGUUUCCCAUGUGUCCCCUUUUUUGUCCCCACUGUGUGAACAUGUGGGACCAGACCCUGUUCUCAGGGCGUGCCCAAGUCACUUUAACCACCAAAAUGCCACUGUCGUCAGGCACGGCCUCUCUCCACACUCGCUCGCCUGCUCUGAGCUGGCUUUGUCCAAGGUCAGAUGAUCGGGCUCUUUUUCAUGGCCUGCCAGUUUUUAAAAUUGCAUUGCCCUUUCUUUAUUUCUUUAUGGGGAAAAAAUUGUUUCAUUUAAUUUAUUUGCACAGAUGCAGAAAACAUAGUCUAUCUAAAUUAUUACAUAAAUAUCGGAAUGUCUAUUUUUCCAAGGGUGGGUGGGGUGGGAGGCGGGAUUUCUGUUGAUUUGUCUUUUCUCUGCUCAUGCUACUGCCAAACUGCACAAGGUCGAAUCUAGGAUGCCCCGAACCCAGGGAUCGUUGGAGUUCAAAGCUUGCUUCUUUCUGUUCUUCCCCACUCCUGCCCUUUGCUACUCUUCCCUGCCUGCUAACGCUGUUUCCUCCUUCCUCUUCACCCUGAGCAUCCUAGGCCCUUCUCACCAUCUGCUAGCCCUGCAGCACCGACCUUGCACACUCAGCUCCUGCUGGAAAGGUCUUUGCUCUGGGGGUCAGUCUUUUGAGAGAGGUUGAGUGCAGAGUGAGACAGCUCCCCUUGUGGGCAGAGGAUGCCUGGUGUCCUGAGUUCCUGAGGGCCUCACCUAGAGAACUCCAACUUUCUCCUUCAGCUGUCUUCUCUCAUCCUUGCUCUAUUCUGCAUUUGGGCCAGCAGGUGUUACUCUGGGAGCUGGCCCGACCCAGGGGAGAACCAUUGAGGUCAGGUCCAGCUCCUACCCGUUUAGCUAACUUGGUAUCCCUUGGGUCUGGCCAGCUGGUCCCAGCCUGCUCAACUCCCCUCUGGGAGAGAAGGGCUGGCAGGAGCUUGCACCCACGUGGGGAGCAGUGUUAAACCUAAGGAGGCUCCCCCAGUGAAGAAACAGUGUGCAGUGAUGUCCCAUGUAAGGCCACCAGGUGAUGGAGAAACUGACCGCUGUUCAGCCUGGCCCUCCCACAGGCCUAAACCUUUUCUUUUGAUCUGUGAUUCCCCCUCCUACUCCACCUUAAUUACUAACACAGCUCAAUUCACAAAAUCUCUAAACAACAGAAAUGAUCUAAUGGUGACGUUUUCAGCUUUUAAAAAGAAGCAGGAAGACAAUUUAAAUGCUGGUGCCUCUCCAUCAGAAUGGGGAGGAUCUUUGGUCCAAAGUCUCAAAACAAAUCUGAAAACCUCCCAGGCAAGCCUCCCUUUGCCCUCCCAUCUGCUGGAGUUUUGGUGGGGUGGGAUUGGAAAGCUGAUGGAGAUGCCUCACCUGGGUCUUUCUAACCUCCCCUUGGCUGUUCUGUCUAACCAUGCCUGGCAGUGAGGGGGAGAGGCCUGAGCUGGCAUCUCUCUGCAGAAAGAGAUUUCUAGAAAAUACUUUCUCCCCGCCCCUUGCCCCACUCCCUGUUCAAACAAAUUUCUGGUUGAUUUUUUUUUUAUGUUUUUCCCUUUACUUAUGAAACAAAACGAGAUUGCAACCACUCCUGGUAAUGAUUUAGUAGUUCCUUUUCAUUUCAGUUUUUGUAAAUUAGGAGAUAAUUCUAAGAGUUACUAAGGAUGAUUUAUUUAAGAGAACUACGUCAAAUAGCGAAUGAGUUAUGGGUAACAUUAGAUGAAAAUGACCUUUCCCGUGGGAAAGGUUUCUUGAAGGCAUGGAUGCAAAUAUAAAAUAUUAAAAAAAAUCUAAAUAAAGCUUAUUUUAAAAUAUUA